AGAGGUAGAGAGGAGGGGAUGGGGCUUUUGAUAUGUCAUCACUGAAGAACAGCAGAAUGCCAAUACCUGCCAAUAAGUCAAGAUAAUCAAUUGCUUUGUGAAUGGCAUACUGUUUGCCAUGGCCUUACAUUUCAUUAACACCAUAGUCAUCUCAUCAUUGCUGCUUGCUGGCACCUGCUAUGGUCUCAUAUGCGAGUGCAGCGAGUGUCAUGGUUCUCAGAAUGGCACCUGCGAGACGGACGGCAUGUGCUUCACCUCAGUGGAGCGCAAAAACCCCCAGUCGCAAGAUAUCACCAAAAAGUACAAGUGCCUGUCGCGUGUGAUGCUGACGCCGCGCGACAACCCGAUCGUGUGCCACGGCAUCGAGCGUAACAAUAAGACGUACGCCAGCGCGUGCUGCAACGACGGCGUCCGCUGCAACCUGCGUCUGCAACCGCAGCUGCACGAGGUUCAUACCAUAG